CUAACUUUCAACAUUUUUAGGAUAUCUCGAGAAGGGAAGCAUAUUUGUUGAAAAGAAAAAACGGACCUGAGACAGAGUACAAAGUAUGAGUGGCAAAAUUUUCAGCUUGAUCAGACCAUUUUUUUCAGGGGUGGUAAUGUGACCUGAUGAAAACUAGUUUUCCACAAAAUCCGUAGAAGAUCGUGUCAGACAAUUGUGGACAAAAAUAUAUCGAUUUUCGUUUUCGAUGUUCUGUCUUUGGUAUAAAUCUCACCCGGAUCAAACAUCGGCUUUCCCUGUUUUCAGGAUGGUCAAGAAAGGAGGGUACCCUUAACACAAAAAGAUUUGGAAUAUACCCAGAGUGACCUUUAAAUUCAUCUCUGUUGGAGAAAAAAUAUGUUUUUAUAACACGCUGUUAGAUUGUUUUGAUAUAUCUUAAUCUUUUUGGUCAAAGUAAGUAAAACAUCAGAAACAAUAUGCUAGAAAAAGAUCCAAAUGAUCAACUAUAGGAGGGAACAAAAGUUAGCUUAAAAUUUCUGAGCUUGUGUUGUCCACUUUAUAUAUCGCAGUUCAUUUAUACAAUCGAUUUUCAGCCUUAUUUUGUAUUUGCAGGCUGUUUCGUCCAAGCUGAAGUUACAAAAAUUACACCCGAAUAUGUUGAAGUUCACGGCCGGCAAGAACCGAUUCGGUUCAAUUUUCUGAUUAUUGCAACAGGUACGAUUUUUAUCUUAAGAACAAAUAAAAUUAAAAUUUUUUAAUUUUAAGCUUGAAUUGGAUUUAAAAUGUUCUUUUUUACUGAGUUAGAGUUUGGUAGCAUUAAGAACGUAAAGUAAACAAACUCCGGUCAAUUUUUGAUGUCAAAAGCACUUGAAAAUUAAAUUUUAAAAAGUUUAAAUUCUAGCUGGAUGAAGUUGUUAAAACAAAAUUUAAACGAAGGAAAAGUGAUUUAAAAUUCUGAUUCCAUCUCCAGUCAUCGCGAUUUGACAUGAUCUCUCAGACUAUAAAUUAUUUCGUGCAUAAUGAAGUUCUCUGUGGAAAUUAAACACCCGUAAUGGUCCUCAUAGAAAAUGCUAAACUCUCUGCAGUUCCGUUAUGGAGUAUAUUUCACUAUUUUUAUUAGAAUUAACCAUCUGUUAACAAAACUGAAUAGUGAUUCAGAAAACUUAAACCUUCAGCUUCAUUUUUAUAUAAAGUUAUUGUGUGAUCAAAGUCUAGCUUUCGGAGAAUUUCUCCAUAACCGGAAAUCAGCCAGAAAACAACUCUCUUUUCUGUAAUUCCGUUACGAUAUCUACUUUUCGCUACAACUUUUGAUAUCGAUUAAAGUUUUUUUUCGAAAUACAUUGGUCCAAGUUACAUCUUCAAAAAAAUGUUGAGCCGUUCUCUUCUGUGGUUUCCGAGAAACUGGUUGUAGAAGUUGUAAAAAUGUAAUUCCGUUACGUUUGGCCAAGUCCAAUUCGAAAAUAUGUCAAUCUCAUCUUCAUUUGUUUUUUGCUCUAAAAAUAAGGUUCAUCCUAUGCAUUUCCCGGUAAGGUUGCCGAACAUCAUAGUAUCGACGCCUACACGAAAUAUGAACAAAUACAUAAUAAAAUCGAACAUGCGAAACAUACUCUUGUUAUUGGUGGUGGUUCUGUUGGAAUUGAAUUAUGUGGUGAAAUAGCUACGGAUUUCAAAGAUAAACAUAUCACACUUGUACACACUCAAUCAUGUCUGUUACAUCCAAAUGUAUUUAAUUCACAAAUGUAUAAACGUAUUCAAAGUCAAUUAGAAGAUUUAUCUGUUAAAAUAAUUUUAAAUGAAAAAGUUGAUGUACAACAAUAUUUCAAUGGAAAUGAAUUAAAUUAUAUUAUUGGUGAACGUAUGUAUGAAACAAAUAAGAAAACACAAAUAACGGCUGAUUUAACAUUUUUAUGUACGGGUACAAAAAUCAAUAAUAAAAGUUUAAAUAGCACGUUUAAACAACAUUUUAAUUCUGAAGGACGAUUAAAUGUCAACAAUUAUUUACAAGUUGAUGGUUAUAAAAAUAUAUUUGCGAUUGGUGAUAUUAGUUCAAAAGAAUCAAAAAUGGCUUUUCUAGCUGGACGACAAGCUGAAUUUGUUGCCAAAUUAAUACCAUUAAUACAAUAG